GCAAGAGGGCAACGAGUGAAAGACCGGGAGAAAGGAAGAAUGAACACAGACAAGCGGACGAGGUCGGACUGAACAGAAGGGAGCUAGUUUGAUCGCGAGGGAAUUCAGCCGCCUGUAGUCCGUAUAUUUUUUAAAAAUAUUAAUAUAUUUUAUGAACUUCUGAGAACUUCCUGGCUGUCUUCACAAACACGACAAUGUGAAAGUCCGUAAUUUAUGACAAAGGCGAAAACUCCAUAUUUUCUUGUAUUAAUUGCAAGGAAAAAAAUGUAAAAAAUUUUAAAAAACUUUUUAAAUUCUAGCAACUGGAACGUAUACAUAUCAGUGCACCACCCACCUGGAUACCUGUGCACUGAGAUGGUGCAAUGUCCCGAGGAAUAUUUACCCGCGUUAAACUUUGGUGGAUGUUGGCAACUGUUGCGCUGUUUGUAAAAGUUUCUGGCGUAAAAACCCAUAGCUGUCAUGAAGUCAAAACGGCUUUUCAGAUGCGUCAGGUUGGCCCUUUGAAAUGGGUUCCUGAAACACCUGGAACAGAUGCCGACUUGCAGAUUUGUAAACACAAGGGCCCCACCUGCUGCACACGCAAGAUGGAGGAGAGCUACCAGCUGGCUGUGCAGAGAGAGACCCUGCAGAACAUUCGCUCCUACAGCUUUGAGCUCAAAUACCUCAUUGUAGGCCACAUCUCCUCCUUCCAGGAUACUUUCCAGUCUUUGGUUUCCUUCACGAUGAACCACACCAGCAAUCUGUUUGACAGCACGUACAAGGUGUUGGCUCAGGAGGCCAGCUCCCACGUGACCGAGCUCUUCACCGACCUCUCUCUUUUCAUCCAUGGUGCCAACGUCUCGGUGGAGGCAGCUGUGCAGCGUUUCUACGACAACCUCUUCCCCCUGGUGUACAGCCGGCUGGUGAACCCAGGCAUGGCGGAGCUGACGUCUGAGCUCGGUGAGUGUCUGCGUAUGACCCGCCAGGACGUCAACCCGUUUGGGCCACACCCGCGCGCCCUGGCACAGGAGCUGGCACGGGCCCUGAGGGGGAGCCGGGCGCUGAGCCAGGCCCUGGCGGUGGGCGCGGACGUGCUGAACACCACCGAGCACGCGGCACUAUCACGGGAGUGUGGUCGGGCGCUGGUGCGCAUGCAGUACUGCUCGCACUGCCGCGGGCUCACGCUCAUCAAGCCCUGCGUGGGCUACUGCCUCAACGUUAUGCGAGGCUGCUUAGCCAGCCUGUCGGAGCUGGAUCUGCCCUGGAGGCGCUACAUCUUCGGACUGGAGGACCUCACCAACUCGCUGGCCGGGGCCCAUGACCUGGAGAUGGCCCUGCUGGGCAUCCGCAACCACAUCAACGACGCCAUCCUCUACACGCAGCUGCACGGACCCCGCCUCUCCGCCAUAGUGGACAAGGUGUGCGGGCAGUUCACAGAGGUGGCACCUGCUACCACCACGUGCCCUCCCCCCGUGACAGUGACCACAGCAACCUCCGCCUCCGUCCCUGCUUCGACCACCUCGCCCCCAUCUUUCGGUCAGCCCCAGCAGGGACAACUGGCACACAUGAGAAGCUCCCUGCCUCUGAAACCUUCCAAGAAUGAUAAACCUAGAAGUCUGAAAAAAAUGUUUAGGGAGUUCAUGGGCUACAUCCAGCGCUACAAGUCGUUCUUCGCGGCGCUUCCUGAGAUGCUAUGUGAGGGGGAGAUGGUGGUGGACGACUUCUCCUGCUGGAGCGGGGAGGACGUGGUGCAGAGCUAUUUGGGUCGCGCGGUGGGAAACAGCCAUCAAGCCCAGAGGCAGAAUCCAGAGAUGAAGGUGCGAAGUCCCGACUCCACCCUGGUGGCGGUGAAAGAGAGGCUGGUGCGCUUUAACCAGGAGAUGCAGGGAAAGACCCCCCGGGAGAGGGACAGGGGAGCGUGGGUGGAGAGGGGAAGCGGAAUGCCAGAGGGCAGUGGUGACUGCGACGACGAGGACGGCUGCCAGGGCUCUGGGGACAAAGCAGACGUUCUCAGAGGGAGGGGCAGAGACUCCAGCGUUGGCGGGCCCUUGGGGAAGGCGCCUGUGUUUGUCCCGCCUCGCCGGACCCCGCCUGACGCCGCCCGGCCCAACGAUGCGGUGAAGGUCAGGGGUCAUGCCCAGGCCUCUGCUCCCAGCCUGGUGCUGUCUGCCGCCUGCCUCCUGGCGGCACUACAUUGGCACCUAGACUGAUCUGGAUCAGCUGCAGCCCCUCCUCCAAGCCCUACCCCCUUGCUGCAUAGAUCACGUCUUCAGAGCUCAGCACAGGACUGGACGGAGAGGGGGGGAGGUUUGGC